CUACCUAUAAGCGAGUCUACAGCAAGCUACACGCUACUAUCUUUCAGUCUGUGUCAUUGUCUCCAACUACAGGCCGCACACCGACACCCUGGGGAUUUCGACGUAGCAUAGGUAGGCAUCCAUGAAUCUCUUGAAGAUCAUUGCUUCCCAGUAUUCUAACUGUGGGGCUUGCAGCUAUUUAACUCAUCUAUCUAGUGGUAUUUAUUGAAGCUACAGGUCCAGUCCUACUUAUAGUGUCUCCAUGAGAUGGAAGGAUCACCAAACACACUAUUUAUAUAUCCCACUGUUCCAUCGGGGGAGGAAGACCCACGAGUACGCAUCAAUGUUAUGAUCAACAUAUUCAACGCCGGUCUACCAACCAAAGGGCAGAAUGGAGGAGUUGACAAAGGCUUAUUCCAUGAGAUCAUGACAGCUUGCUAUCUGGUCAAGAACUAUAAGAUUAACCAUGGAAAGGAGAUUUCUCGCCCUCUGACUCCGGCUGAGAGAGGCCUCCAGAAAGGCGACGCCCAAAUGAUCUUGGUACCCCUGAAGGACGGCGGCAACAGAGAGCUGGACAUGGUCUAUGUGGAAGAUGGAAGACCCUAUAUUGUCGAGGCCAAGAACAAGAAAACUGCUGAUCACAGACAGCUGGAAGCUAACGUGCAAUUAGCACGGACACUCGGCGGUGGAGUUGUCUAUGCCCUCACCCAGAAAAGUAGCCAAGAAGAGGCUAUCAAGACGGCAUAUGACAAACUACCUGAUCAGGCAAAUCUUCCACCCUUGGAAAUCAUUCAGAUUUCUGAAAAGCUUACCGACAUAUACUCUGGCGAGCGACCACAGUCAUUGAAACCAAUUCCCACACUUGCAAAGAUUUGGGAGAACAUAUCGAGGCACGAAGGGCUUCUAGAGUUUGACUCCAUGGAUGAGGAAGGUGAUUGGUGGUGAAAUGUGGCAGGGUAGCUUCCCUACACAUGUAUGUUAGCAUCCAUGGAUGACUUGCAUACCUGACAGAACUGAGACCUUGGCAAAUUGUUAAGAAGGGAAGAUGCCAUCGCGACCGUCCGACCUGAAAUUGACAAAUAAAAAGUGUGCAUUUCAUGUUUACCGGCAUAAUGACUUUAGUCUUGCAGAGCCUUUAAAUGAACUAGAGCCAAUACACUUAUUGUUACACAGCGGUACUCUGAUCUGCAAUGUCUAUUGAAUGGGAGAUAAAAGAAUAUGUGACAUCGAGCCAAUUAAAAGGGUAGGAUAUGCGACUGACUGACUCACUUCUCA